AAUGUGCUUUUUAAGUCCUUGUGGUCACGUAGUGAUUCGCCUCAGUCCGGGUGGCGGAGGACGAAUCCCAGUUGCCUCCGUGUCUGAGACCGUCAACUCGGACGUGCAUCUUAUCACGUGGCUUGCUGCCAUGGAAACAUAGCGUGUGUGGAGGCUUCACGCCACCCACCGCGGCAACCACACUCAACUCACCACGCGCCCCACCAAGAAUGAACCACAUUAUAGUGACCAUGAUGAGGUUACCACAUGUGACUCUACCCUCCCUAGCAACCGGGCCAAUUUGGUUGCUUAGGAGACCUGACUGGAGUCACUCAGCAUGCCCUGGGAUUCGAACUAGCGAACUCCAGGGGUGGAGUUAGCCCUGGACUUUAUGGCCAGGAAGAUGUGUUCAAAUGCUGGCAGAGCAUUUUGACUUGAUGCUGCAUUGGGUGUGGAUUGAACAUGCCUGCAUCUUUGAUGUCUACAUGCCAGUGUCUCAGCCUUUGGUAGCACAGGUUGUAGAGCAUAGACUUCAGAGAUGAUGUUCUGCACCACCUUCCUGUCAGCCCCAUCUGAUGAGAUACUGGACGGGGCUUCGGGUAUGGGAGGUUGCCUGGCUCCCCUGCAGUGCCUUGUGCUCCCAGAGGAAGAGCUCUACGCUCCGUUCUCUGACCCUGCGACAAACUUGCGACACAGUGAGCGCGGUUGUGUGGUGAUGGGUAAACUCCUCCUGGACAUGAGUUUAGGUGGUGGAAAAGUUAGUGGUUGUUGUAGCCCAUCUGUUGUACCCUCCCCUGCUCACGGUUAUCUAAAGCGAUAGUGGUAGCCAGCUUAUUUUACCACUGAGCUACACAGGCCCCCGAAAUGGUGAGUAUUUUAACAUUUACCAGUUGGCCCCAUUCACUUCCAUUAUAAGUGCCUUACUCUAACCCAGUUUCUGCUUUUUUUUUUUUUUUUUUCUUUAAAGAAAAGGAGGGACAAGUUGAAAUACAUUUGUGUGGAAAUCAACAUUAUGCCACAAAUGUUGUCAACUGAGCUUAACUUGCAUUGAACACAGAAUAUAAAUGUAAGUUUUUAUGCAAAAAAAAAAAAGAUAUAUUUUUUUUUUUUCAUUUUGAGGUGAAAUAUGUAGGGCUGGGUAAAAUAAUUCCUUUUUCCGAUUAACGCGAUCUUCAUUUGAACGAUCCCAAUAUUGAUUCUUAAAAUGCUAAGAUCCAUUUUUUUUACUUUUAAAGUUAACUUUAGUUUUGGUUUUAAUGAGUAUUAUAUUUGUUAAAUAAAUAGCAAUUGAACUGCAUAGUUUGGGCCCUGUUAAUUUUUUUUCAAUAAUAUUUUCUUAAUGCGCCAAGUUAGAAGGUUCCCUGCAUAAUUUACAGCAUUUGCUGAGAGAGAGUUUCUUUCAUAAUCAAAAUUGACAUUAUAACUUGAAUAAAACCAAAUUAAUCACAGUUGAAUUGAGAACUUGUGAAUCAGGAAAUCUGUAUCUAUUUUCAGCACCAGAAAUAUGACGAGCAAAUACAGUACAGCACAUAACUUUCACACACAUGCUUGAUCUUUCAGUGGAGGUGGUCUUUAAUAUUUGUAGCCCAAGUACAAUGACCCCUAAAGGCAUUACUGUCAACUACUCCUCCAAACCUCCCACCUAAGUCAACGUGUAUGUUAGCAGUUAGUUUCUUCACUAUGCCGUGAACCUGAAGGGAAAUGCUGUUUCAUCCAGCAGAAAUGCAGCUAUACUGGAAAGUCUGGCACCUGUGUCACUUCCAUCCUAUUUAUUGAGCAACGUUGCAGUUGUGAAGUUGGCGUUCACAAAAUCUUCCAUCUAAAGGUAAAUGGAUGACUCGAUGUUGACUUUGAUGCUCCAGAAGUGUUUAUUUGACAAAAUGGGACUAUUUAGGGUGCAGUUGACACCCAGUGUUCCCAAAGUGAGUCAUCAGGUGACUAUUUAGGUCUGAGUCCACUGGUGAAAAUACCUCUGUUUUGCAUUUUUCUGAUUUAAUCCAUUUUUUUUUAUUUUUUUUUUUUAUAAGAAUGUUCCAAAACAUCUUGUUUGCUUUGAUGGAAGCAAAAAAAUUACUAAAGAGUUAACAACAUGGUCAGUGUCACUUUAUGUUAGUUUCCAGGUUUAAAUUAGAUCUUGAAUCCCAGUUUUUCAAUGUGGCACUGUAUGUGUGUUUUGGCAGUAAUCUCACCCUUCUGUGAUGUAUAUGUUCAUGACUGUUGUCUGUUGCAGAGCAUCAUAGGCUGUUGUGCAACUACAAAUAUCAGACCUUUAGUUAAUCUGUUUCAGGGGAUUUUCUCAGCUGGUAACAUGAACAGCCCCCCCCCCCAGCUAACCUGCUGUCUGGUACUGGUGUUUUGACUCGGGAAUAAUAGUGUAUUUGCUCAAGCAUUCCCUCACACUUCUGUUUGCGAAAGCAAAACUCACCAUUACUCAUUGUGUCAUUCUGUUAUUUUUUUCUGUAGAACACAAAAGGAGAUAUUUUGAAUGCAGCUUUUGUAUCCCUUUUCCAUGUCUAUAGUUAGCAGAUAUUAUUAAUCAUGUCUGUUUAUUUAUCUAAACCUGCACACACUCUAUGAAUGGAGGUUGAGAUGUGCCAUGUCCUCACUAUGCCCCCUCAUCAUGCUUAGAAGAAACCAGGAGAUUUGCAACGGCUUACUGCUGGCUUUAACGGUUAUGUAAAAUCCAGCAUUGGCAUAUCAUUUGAUGAGAUUAAAAAGGGGUUGGACUUUAUGGCCAGGAAGAUGUGUUCAAAUGCUGGCAGAGCAUUUUGACUUGAUGCUGCAUUGGGUGUGGAUUGAACAUGCCUGCAUCUUUGAUGUCUACAUGCCAGUGUCUCAGCCUUUGGUAGCGCAGGUUGUAGAGCAUAGAUUUCAGAGAUGAUGUUCUGCACCACCUUCCUGUCAGCCCCAUCUGAUGAGAUACUGGACGGGGCUUCGGGUAUGGGAGGUUGCCUGGCUCCCCUGCAGUGCCUUGUGCUCCCAGAGGAAGAGCUCUACGCUCCGUUCUCUGACCCUGCGACAAACUUGCGACACAGUGAGCGCGGUUGUGUGGUGAUGGGUAAACUCCUCCUGGACAUGAGUUUAGGUGGUGGAAAAGUUAGUGGUCGUUGUAGCCCAUCUGUUGUACCCUCCCCUGCUCACGGUUAUCUAAAGCGUGAGGUUGCAGGGCCAUCAGGACCUACAGGACCUGCGCUGCCAAUGGCGACAGUUGACAUAAAGAACCCAGAGAUCAGCAAUCAGCGUUUUCACAAUAACUCUCAAAUGAACAACAUCCACAGCAACUUCAACAAGAAAGACAAAGCCAAAGGGAAAAACAAGAAGAAAAAAAUAUCCAAGGCUGAAAUCGGCACGCCGAGCAAUUUUCGGCACGUUGGGCAUGUUGGCUGGGAUCCAAACACUGGCUUUGACUUAAAUAAUCUGGACCCAGAGCUGAAGAACCUCUUCGAUGUGUGUGGCAUUUCUGAGGCCGAGCUCAAAGACAGAGAAACGUCUAAGGUCAUCUACGAAUUUAUUGAGAAGAAAGGAGGAGUAGAGGCUGUAAAAAAUGAACUUCGACGACAAGCUCCUCCACCUCCACCUUCAAGAGGAGGACCACCACCUCCUCCACCUCCCCACAGCUCUGGGCCUCCUCCCCCACCUCCAUCCCGUGGCCAAGGAGCACCGCCCCCACCACCUCCAUCAAGAGCACCCAACACGGCUCCGCCUCCACCUCCUCCCUCCCGACCAGGUAUGGGAGCACCACCUCCUCCACCUAGCAGAGGGCCCAUGCCAGCUCCCCCUCCACCUGCACCACCCCAACCUGCCUCCUUCUCUCCACCGCCUCCACCUCCUCAAACUUCAAUGGGUGGAGCACCACCACCGCCACCUCCACCCCCAGGACCCCCACCUCCUGCACCUCCUCCCCUACCGGACGUGGAUUCAGGAGAGUCACUGGGGGGUAAAUCUGCACUCCUGAAUCAAAUUCGAGAAGGGACUCAGCUGAAGGUGGUGGACCAUAACAACAAGGCUCCAGUGUCCAGCGGUGGCCGUGGUGCACUCUUAGACCAAAUACGAGGGGGCAUUCAGCUUAAAAACGUAUCAGAUACUCCAGACUCGACCCCACCCACUCCCGCCCCUUCAGCUGGCAUUGUGGGGGCAUUGAUGGAGGUAAUGCAGAAGAGGAGCAAAGCAAUCCACUCUUCAGAUGAAGAUGAUGAUGAUGAUGUAGAAGAUUUUGAGGAUGAGGAUGAGUGGGAUGACUGAUGACCAACGCUGCCCAAAAGAAUUAAGACACUACAUUCCUCUUGUCUUUCUAAAUCUUAUAAAAUUAUAAUGUAAAUGGAUGACAGAUUUGCUGUAAAUGUUUGUUGCCUUUAAGCUUUUUUGUAUUAAUCUGUGCAAUACCUCAUUUAAUCUGUAAAGGUUUGUCAUACGUCUUCUGUAAAGGUUUUAUUUUCUUCUCCUGGAUUAACGUGCAAUUUUACAUCAAGUGUUCUUGAUUUGUAGAGUUGAAUGUUUUGGGGUCUUUUUGUUUGGUUCGUAGCCAGAAGGGAGGUCUACUCUAAAGAACGAGAUAAGCCAGUCUUUAACAUUGAUAUUGUGACUUGAUGCAAGACAACACUAUUUUCAAACUUAUGUACUUUACCUUUUCUUAUUCAGAUCCUAGUUUAGCACUAUUAUUUUCUUAAUAAAGAAAAGCAUAUUUAGCCCCAUUGCUAAUUUGUAAAUUUGCUCAGAGUUUGAGUCGGUUUUAUAUUUUUGCACGAAUCAAAAAAGAUUAAAAAAAAAAGAGUUCAUGUCAGUUCAGUUCUGUCAAUACGGCAGUUGUUUACACAUUGUGUGCUAGCUACUAUUUCAGGACUCCCCGUAACAAACACUACAGUUAUUAGAAGUGACGCUAUCUUCAUGUUUGCAUAUUACUGGUAUAACUUUGAAUCUCACAGGCAACUUCCUGUUGUGCAGAGAACAGAUUCUAUUCAUGUAUAUGUUGAAUGGACAUUUUGUGUAGAAACAGUGUGUCAUUUUUUUUUUUAGAUUGAACAUGCCAGAAGCAGACUGUUCAUACACUUUUCAUCUUUACUAAUAAUCCACUGUGAUGCUGUACUAAAUUAAAGAGCCCUGUCGAGGGUUGUGACUCGUUUCAAAAGAUGACCUGCAGUGGGUCGUAUCGGCAAAAUAACGGAACAUAGUUACACUGUUUUAAACGGUUUCGUAUAGCUGUUAAAAAAUUCGGUCUUAUAUCUUUUACAGUUUUUUUUUUUCUCCUUGUUUUCAUGCAGGGGUUGCAUUGAGAAGCAACAAAGACUUGAAACCUUUAAAAUUAGAUUGAAAAAUGAAUUAUUAAAAUUGUACACUCAAAUAAAUGUUAAUAUUUACAGAGGCUUUA